CUCACUCCGUUGGGCACUUGGGGAGGGACGAAUCCGAGCUCCAGCACUACGCAACACCUUUUGUACUGCUGUGCUGUCAGCUGUGGUUCAUCUCUCUCAUUGUCACCUCUCUUCCUCUCCUUUCUAUCUCUCUCUCUCUCUCUCCCCUCUCUUCAGAUUCAGUUGAUUGGAGAGGGAUUGAUGAAAGUAAAAGCUUCAGUCUGUUGUUCUACGAUUGUUCUUCGGAUAUUUCUUGUGCCUAGCGGAAAUACUUUUCAAACUCCACCUACUAGAUAUGAGAAACUUCCUUCAGCAGUUUGAUUUGAGUAUGGUUUUGGUAUACUGUUAUCUCAGGAAGAUUCAAGUACUUUGACUUGUAAAGUUUGCAUUCCCACUUGUUGUAAGGUAGAACAUUACAGAAUUUCAGAAAUUUGAGCUUCGAGGAUUACAAAACGGAGACUUGAUUGGUGGUAUAUUUUGAUCUUCUUGGUGGCGGCCAAGGAUUCGUAUGGCUGUUGCCAAGUGCAAUGGCAUUACUGAAAAUUCUCCUUUCCUAUUUAAAUGUUACAGAGUUGGAAGCUUGACAGAAACCAUUUUGGACACGCAGCAAACUUCAAACUUGAAAGAUCGAUAUGUUCUUGGAGGGCAGUUAGGCUGGGGACAGUUUGGCAUAAUCAGGGAGUGUUCUGAUAAGUUGACUGGGGAGUUACUGGCUUGCAAAUCAAUUGCCAAAGAUAGAUUGGUCACCCACGAAGAUGUGCGAAGCAUCAAGCUUGAAAUUGAAAUUAUGACUAGGCUGUCCGGACACCCUAAUGUUGUGGAUCUGAAGGCUGCUUACGAGGAUGAAAAUUAUGUUCAUUUGGUCAUGGAGCUUUGUGCUGGAGGUGAGCUUUUCAAUCAGUUAGAGAAGCACGGGAAAUUCUCCGAGGCAGAGGCCAAAGUUAUUUUCAGGCAUCUGAUGGAAGUGGUGAUGUACUGUCAUGACAAGGGAGUGGUUCAUAGAGAUUUGAAGCCAGAAAAUAUCCUCCUAGCCACAAAAGCCCUUUCAUCUCCUAUAAAAUUGGCUGAUUUUGGUCUUGCAACCUACAUAAAACAAGGGCAGAGUUUGCACGGAACUGUUGGUAGUCCAUUCUAUAUAGCUCCUGAGGUCCUAAUAGGUGGCUAUGAUCAGGCAGCCGAUGUCUGGAGUGCUGGGGUUAUUCUUUACAUCCUUCUAAGUGGGAUACCACCAUUCUGGGGAAACACUAAAUCGCGAAUAUUUGAUGCCGUUAGGCUGGCUGACUUACAAUUUCCAUCAAAUCCUUGGGACUACAUAUCUUACACUGCCCAGGAAUUGGUCAGGGGAAUGCUAUGUAAAGACCCUUCUCAGAGGCUUUCAGCUCAGCAAGUCCUAGAUCAUACCUGGUUGAUGGACUCCUCACCACUUUCUGAACAACCGUAUGAAUGUCUCAAGCAGAGCUACGGUGAUGGUGAUUUACAGAGAGAUCCUUUCUCUUCUUCGCUUAUGGCCCGGAAUCAGGAUAUUAGUUUCAGAACAGGGUUGUCUAUAAGUAGUGACGUGCAAUCGCCUACAUUCACUUGCAGGUCAUCACUUUCUUCCUUCCUGGUCACACCAUCAACACCUUACUACAAGGCUAUUGGAUUCUCUUUCCAAAGUAGCGGUGGAUCAAACUCGGUGGAUUUUCCUAUUGCUGUAGUUUCUAUGCCGAGUUUUGCAUUCAACAGCCCUGAUCGUGUGGCUGGGCAAGGAAAUCCUGAAUUGGAUCUUUCAGUGGACCUCCCUAGAGUGGAUUCACUUCAUCAAGAUGCGAGUUUGGGAGCACUGCUUAAGUUGCCAGAUCCUUCACUGUGCUAUGGGCAUGCGGAUUGUAAAGUGGUAGACCCUACUAGGGGUGGGUCAAUUGGAUCUAAGAUGUCAGGCAUCCACAACAGGAGGAACAAUACAAUUAGUCUUGGUGAACUAGAGCAGCUUGACCUUAUUGUGACCGAGUCAGUUAUUCGAUGGGCUUCUUGUGCGCAUCUUCCUACUGCCAUGUCACUCAGGUCUUCUCUUGUAUGUUAACAGCUUGGAGCAGCCCGAGCUGAGGAUCAGCCUGCAAUUAAUGAUGGGGAAGAGGAUGGGUUUUUUUGUGUUGUUUUGUGGGGGUGGGAGAAAAAAGAGAGAGAGACAAAGAAGCAUUCGUGUUGUAAAUACUAAUACACCACGUGAUUCUGAUUCUGGUUUGAGAUGGUCUACAAGUUUGCACGAGCUUUCCUAACUCAUAAAAUAGUCAGUACACAAGUUUGUAUGAAACUGAGCGUUGCGCUUGCUGUUAAUUGUACGAGUAUUUAUUUCCACUGCUUGUA